CGGGGCGUUUUUUUGCUGACGCUCCUUUCUGAGGGGAAAUUAACCUGAUUCUCUGUUUGUGACGAUCGUUUAUUUGUUUUCCUGUCCAGUCAUGUAUAGCUGACGCUCCCCAGCGCGUACAGUCAGGCCUUCCCUCAGAUCAAGAUGCACAGUGGCUCCAGAGGCUCCGGACAUGGUGAGGGCAGCUCUUCAAGGUCACCACGGUUACCCAGGUCCUCCAAGCAGGGUCCUCGCAAACUGGGAGGGGCCACCGGGUCGGCGUCAAAGACAGGUGUGGAAGCUGGGACAGUGGUAGGAUCGAGAUCAGGGCUCGCACCCGGUUCUGUGUCGGGGCUUGCGCCGGGGUCAGGGUCAGGGUCAAGAGCAGGGCCUAGUUCAGGGUCGGGGACUGUGUCAGGGACGGGGUCAGGGAAUGGGUCACGAUCUAGGACAGGGACAUGGUCGGGACCAGGGGAGAGACCAGGGUCAGGCUCCAAAUCGGGUAGCACCGACGCAGGUGGUAAAACCAUGUCUAUGGAGAACGUCCAGUCCCUGAGCGCUGCCUACACCUCGUCUGGACCCGUGUACCUGAGCGACCGCGACGGUCUGGGGUCAUCGGGGGGCUACCCCAAAGGAACCAUGACCCUAGGCCGCAACACCACCCGCAACACCAGCCGGACCUCCUACGCAGACCGGACCACAGCCAUGGGCAGCAGCCCCAACAUCACCUCCACCUCCUUGGGCCCGGCCAACUCCCCGGACGCCUACGGGGAGCAGCAGCACACCCAGCAUCUCCAGACGGGGGGGCCUUCGGGGCUGCUGCGGCAGGCUGGCCGAGAGGGGUUGUCACUGGACCUCCAGGAUCAGCUCAGGGAGCUGCAGAGAGAGAACGAGCUGCUGCGGAGAGGGAGGGAGGUGAGGGAUGGGAGGAUGGGCUCCUCUAUCAACAGUGUGAACUUUUGGAGCCCAGAGGUGAAGAGAGAGAGGGGGAUGAGGAAGGAGGAGGGUGGACGCACCUCCAUACUGAAGGACCAGUACAGGACCAACCCGGAUGAGACCCAGCAUCUCCUGCUCUCUGUGGCAGAGCUCCAAGAGGAGCUGAGGGCCCACAGGGAGCAGAACAGCCGUCUGCAGCAGGAGGCCUCCAGCUCUCACAGGGACCUCCAGGUGGACCCCCACCAGCAGGAGUGUCGGGGGGGCUUCAGUCCCGUCCACAGCCCCAGACACAGCCCUGCUGGCCUGGGCACCAGCCACAGCCCCAGCCCCGGCUCCAGGCAGAGCCCCAGACAGAGCCCCAGCAACACCUACAACUCCAGACACCACCAAGCAGACAUCCAGACCACCAGUCCGGGCUACGGCAUCUCCGUCCCCGGGCAGAGCCACAGCCCAGCCAGCACCUUGGUCGCUGGGCCUCGGGGCAGCUCCAGCCACCUGUACAGCCCCGGACACCCAGGCCCCAGCUCCAGCCCCGCUCACCCCCGCAGCCCCUGCCAGGUCCCCGGGUGCGAUGGCUCCUCCUCGCCCCCUCCCAAGGACCUCACGGAGGAGAAUUUCAGUCACCUGCAGUCGGAGCACGAGCGGCAGGCGAAGGAGCUCUCCCUCCUGAGGAGGACCAUGGAGGAGAUGGAGCUGAGGAUCGACUCCCAGAAGCAGACCCUGGGGGCCAGGGACGAGUCCAUCCAGAGGCUGCUGGAGAUGCUGCAGGGGGGCAGGGGACAGAGGCCAGGGGUCGUCUCCAUGGCCACGGAGGAGCUCGGCCAUCUGGAGGAGGAGAAUCUUCACCUGAGAGAGGAGUUGCACAGGAGGAACCAGCUCCAAGCAGACCCGACCAAGACCAAGGCCCUGCAGACUGUCAUUGAUAUGAAGACGACAGCGCCCCCUUUCUGUUUUGAUCCUGAUGUUAUCUGGCAGGACACCAAGAUCUCCUCCCUGGAGCGGAACAUCAGAGACCUGGAGGACGAGGUCCAGAUGUUAAAGACGGGAGGCCUGCUCCACCCGGACGACCGCCACGAGGAGCUGAAGCAUGUGGAGCUCUACAAAAGCCACUCCAAGUUCAUGAAGACCAAGAUAGACCAACAGAAGCAGGAACUGAACAAGAAAGAAUCGGACAUGCAGGCCUUGCAGACCAAGCUGGAGACGUUGACCAAUCAGAAUUCGGAUUGCAAACAACACAUUGACGUGCUGAAGGAGUCUCUCAACGCCAAGGAGCAGCGAUCAUCCACGCUGCAGACUGAGGAGAGCAGAGUGGUGAAAUGA